UGACACAACCUGCGCCUCAUUUUGGCGACCUCACUCGUCACUGUGGCGCCAGCGUCUCUCCGCAUGUCGCAGCUGCUGCGAAGAGGUGCAGUGCUACGGCGCCUGGCCAGAUGUGGAGGAUGGCAGAGCAGGGGCAUAGUUCAGGGCGUGUCCUCCUUCAAGCCGCCCAAGUUCAUAGAGGUGCCCAUCGUGGAGGAGCCCCAGAGCCGGCUCAUGGAGGAUAUGCCGGACCUGGUCCUGGGGGGCCAUGCGCCCAACUUCGACAAGGAGAAUCCCUAUCGGACUGUACCACUUGAUGAGCCGGUCGACACCGGCGAGGCCGCGACGGCGGCCGGAGAUGUGUAUGCGCUCCCUGAGUUCCAUUUCGGGCAACUGGAGAACGGCGUCAGGAUCAUCGCCGUGGACCGCCAGGGCCUGUGCUCCUCACUGGGCCUCUUUGUCCACACAGGGUGCCGCUACCUGAGCCCGGAGAAGGCCUUCCUGCCGCACGUGCUGGAGCUCAUGGCGUUCCGCACCUCGGCGCACCUCAGCCACCUGCGCACGCAGAAGACGGUGGAGCAGCUGGGGGCUGCGGCGUCCUGCCGCGUGGGGCGCGAGGACGUGCUCUUCCAGGUGGACGUGCUUCGGGAGUACGUCCCCGUGGUUUUGCCCUUGAUGCUGGCCAACGUCCUGUGCCCUUCCGUGUUGCCGGAUGAGGUGGGGGAGGCAUGCGCUCACGUUGUGGAGUUGCAGCAGAUGAUGGAGGACAAGCCGGACAGCUUGGUGGUGGAGCUAUUGCACGUGGCCGCCUAUCAGGGCACACUGGGCCACAAUCUCUACGCCACCGAGAAGGAUCUUCCGAUGUGCACGCCGGAGAACAUCAAGGAGUUCAUCUCACAGCGGGACGCCCA